UUUGAGUGGGCAAGAAGUGACGUGAAUGCUGAAUUGAAGAUUCCAAACACUUCAAAUAUGGAAAUCCCAGCAAAAGAGUGGAAUCGAUACAAGGAAUGGGACGUUGUAGAACUUACACAGAACUACAUGGAACUGAUUCUAACCUACUUUAUGCAAGGAGACAUGAGCAUAUUGAUCCACUGCAUAUCAGGCUGGGACAGGACUCCCCUCUUCAUUGCGCUUCUCCGCAUCUCACUUUGGGCCGAUGGACUAAUACAUAAAUCCCUAAACGCUCAUGAAAUGGCGUAUUUAACUCUUGCAUAUGACUGGUACCUUUUUGGGCACAAUCUACCAAGCCGCGUGAAACAUGGCGAAGAAAUUAUGCACUUCUGCUUCAAUUUUCUCAAGUACUUCACAGACGACCAUUUUUCUGCGACGCUAAUGUGGAACAGCAGCAGAGUAAAAGCCGCGGCAUCGGAAUCUGAAAACGAGGGAUUAGUACUAUUGCCCUUCUGUCCUGAAGAUAGGGUACAAAAAAUUCAGCAGCUAAGGCAGAUCGUCUUGGAAUUGUAUGACGAGCAUGUUUCGAGAAUCCCUGCAUAA